AUGGCGGUGUCAGGUGAGGAGGCAAGAGUUGAAACUGUGAGAAAGAGAAUUGAAGAAACUACUGAGAAUGAAGUUACUCUAGCUCAAUGGGCCAAGGCUAUUUGCACAAUCAUACUUAAUGCAGAAUCAGCAGCAUACACAAGCACAUUCCCUAAAUUUAUCAUGGGAAGCGUAAGUGAACUGGUCCCAAGGAUAUGCGAGGCAAAUGCUAUCUUAAGUAGGAGGCUAUGGAAGCUGCCAACAUGCCAAGAAAUUGCAGAAGCCGUUAAAAGGGACAUUUUGACUGUGGAGCUUGCUCUUGAAAGAAACAGAGAGCCAAUUUCCCUAGAUCAACCAAUAGUAGCUGGAGCUUCCAUAUCAUUGCAGGAGAUUGUAGCAGGGCCAGACGAAACAACUCCAGAAGCAAUGUUGAAGAAACAGUUCAUGAAGAGGGACAUAGAGAAACUGCUCAAUCAUUCGACGAGAAAGGAAGACACCUAA